AUGGAUGACCCUGUAGCUGCUGCCUCAACCCCAUCAAAGAAGAGGACAAGGAAGCCGAACUGGACUAUGGACGAGUCCUUAUAUUUGCUUCAGCUCUACAGAGACCACGCUCGUGUUCUCAGGCAGAGCUUCAGCGAUGAUGGUUGCACCCAUCAAACCAAGCAGAAGGCAUGGGAGGACAUAAGGAGCAAACUCCAGCAAGCCUUUCCUGCAGGGCAGAGGACAACGAAGGAGUGCCAAAAGCGAUGGCACACCAUCCUUGUCACAGCACGGUCCAAGCUGAGUCAAGUCAGAAAGGACUUUGCUGCAACAGGUGGUGGCUCUCCUCAUCCCCCCAUUGACCCUCUUGAAGAGCUGGUGGCAGAUAUUUUGGGAAAAGAAAAUGUCACCAUAACGGGCAUAGCUGGUGCUCCUAGUCUCCACGACGAUCCACUUGAAGGGACGAGCAGCAGUGUCUGCAUGAGUGAGUUAACCAGUCAUGCAGAAACUGGCCCAGCGUCGCUCUUGGAGGGUGCUACCCAAGAUCUGCCCGCCUUAUUUGCUGCUGCUGCUGAGGUGAUUUCCAGCGUGCCUGCUCCCUCUGCCCCUGCCACAGAAGUCACCAGUGUGCUGCUUCCCUCUGCCUCGGAAGACGGAACAGUCUUCAUAGCUCGGUAA